GAAACAGUUAAAAUUCAAGACAUGCUGCAGUUUUUCCAUGAUAUUGGAUAUAUUCUCUUCUUCAAUGAAACGUCCUUGAACAGUGUAGCCAUUCUUGAUGUCCAAUGGUUUAUUGAUGCAUUCAAAUCCAUAACAAUGGAUGAAAACCAAGGAAAUGCGAUGAAAGAUACUAAUAACCCAAACCAACAAUUUCUUUGGAUUAAGGACUUUUUCUCAAAACCGAAAGAUUGGAACAACUUCUAUCAUUUAGGAAAGCUACCAUGUAAAACUCUGGUAGACUUCUGGGAAUCUCAUGGUGACAAAGACUUCAAAGAAUACGGAGACAUUAUUCUAAAAUAUAUGGAACGACUGGGCCUUUUAGUCAUUGGAAAGAACUUUCAUUACAUUCCAUGUGUCAACAAAAUGGAUAUCCAAACUUCACUUCUCGCGAGAAUAUCUUCAGAGCGUUAUGAAAAAACGUCAGUCAUAUGUUUCCGAUUCAAGCAUUGUCUGCACCAUUUCUUUUUCCAAAGAGUUGUCGUUAGUUGUAUGCACGAAUGGAAAUUCCUUGAAAUAGAUGGCACACCUGGAUUGUUCAAAAACAUUGUUCUGCUAGAGCACAAGCCAAAGGGGUUUAUAAUAGCUAUUGGAGUUAACAAAACAUCGAUUCAGCUAUUGGUGUACAGUAUUUCAAGAUCAUUGCAUUCGAGUGAUACAUGCAAGGUUCGAGACACAGUCGAAAAAAUCCUGAGUUCCGUUGUAAAAACUUUUCACAAAGCAGUGGAGUAUGAGGUUGGAUUCAGUUGUAUGGAGAAGGACAAAAUAACGAAGGAAAGUGAAGGACGGUUUAUUUUAGAAGAGGAAGCAGUUGGCUCUGCAAAAGCUGCCGAAAAAGGCGAAUGUUUUUGUAAUUCGAAUGCACCACACAAUGUUAAUUGGAGAAAAAUGAUUAAAUAUUGGAGGAAAGAGAGAAAUCUUAGGAUAAGGUCGAGAGAAGGGACAAAUCCAACAAGACGGUAUUUCUCCAAUCAGCAAAGAGGGGAUGACCUCAAAAAUGCUAGAUCAUAUGAGAUGCAAGAACAUGAUGAAAGUCAAGUAAUUAUAGAUAUAGAGGACCAUCAUUCGGAACAUGGCAUUUUUCAAGUAUCUGAUGAGGAGUCGAAAAAACAUUACUGGAGAGUAAUAGAAAAACUGAUAGGAAUAUCCAGAGAUGCGUUGAAAGUAUACUUCGACUGUAAAUUAUCGCCUCAAGAUCUUGAAAAAACGCUUAAGCUUUAUGGAGAUGAAAUGAAGAAGGGUCCUUACAGAUUUACUGAAGACCAGCUUUUGAUUAUGUUUCCAGGUGACGGAAGUUGUCCAUUAUCUUCAAUGUUUGAUGUAUCGAUAAUGUACAAACUGCUUAGGAACUAUGUUGAAGAUUUGCCUACACCAACCAAAGGUUGGGGGAAAAAGCCAGAUAUUGGAGAUAUAAAGGAAACAGACGAUUUAGAAAGAAUCCGGAUUUACAGAAACAAGUUUAGUCAUGCAGGACAGGAUAGCACGUUAGAAAAGGAUGAAUUUAAUAUGUACUGGAUGGACAUUUCUCAGGCAAUUAUGAGAUUGAGCAACGGAGAGCUUCAAGCAGAUGUAUAUAAACUGCAAAAAGAAACCGAGCAUAAUGAGAGAAAAUCCUGUGACGACAAAAAGAAUGGGUAAUUGGUUGAUGACUGACUAUUUUUUGGACGAAAUCUCUACAAGAUCUACAACAUUUUAGCAACAUUUUAAAUCGGCUUCAUGAAAGUUUGCAUUUUACAAUGGAAAUCAACGAAAACAAAUUGCCAUUUUUAGACAUUCUUAUUAUAAAAGAGGGAAGAAAAAUCAUAACGGAUCUCUACUAUAAGAGCAGAUUCCCAUCAAUAUUUGAUUUGAUUUUCAACUCAUGCCAUCCCUCCCAUACCAAACGAAACAUCCUAUUUAAUAUGACCCGGAGAAUUUGUACUAUUGUUAUAGAUGAGGAACGCAGAAAUACAAGACUAUCUGAACUUAGAAUAUUUCUGUCAAGACAAAAAUAUCCAUCUUACUUAAUUGAAGCUGCAAUACAAAAGGCGAAGGAAACACCCGUCAAUGAACUACGAAGAGGAGGAAAGCAACGAAAAGAUCCCUUUUGUUCUUACUCACAACCCAAGAAAUCACAACAUAUUUAAAACCGCCAAGCAAUAUUUCCCUAUUCUUCAAUAAUCAGAAACACUAAGGGGCCUUAUUCAACCCAAGGAUAUACUACAUAGCAGACAUCAACCACCUAAUUUGAAAAAAGUUCUUACUACAGCCAAAUUUACAUCAAACCCUGAAAAACCGAAAGUUUCAAAGUGCGAGGAUCCUCGAUGCGGAACCUGUCAAGUUCUACAAACCGGCCAAUCCAUUAUUUUUAAAAACGGAAUGAAGUUCGACAUAAAAUCUUCAAUGACUUGCAAAUCUAAAAACCUUAUAUAUUGUAUGACAUGCCCUAAGUGCGAGGAAAAUUAUAUAGGACAAACCGGAACCAAAUUAGCCGACCGUGUUCGCGUGCAUAAGCAACAGAUUAAGGACCCGACCAUAAGAAACACGCCAUGUAGUGAACACUUUCAAUCCUGCGGCAAAGGCAAUUUUUAUAUAUUCCCUUUUUAUAAAGUAAAAGAGGAAAAUGAACAAUUACGGUGAGCAUUAUUUCAUAAAACUGUUUAAACCAAAACUUAACUGUUAAAUUAAUUUUAUUUCAAAUUAUUUUAUUAUGUACAUUUUACAUAGAAUGUCUCCAUUAUUGUGCAUAAAAAUAGGCGCUAUAACUUUAUCAGAUGAACUGUAAAUCUUUAUCUCAGCGCCUCAUUUAAUUGUGAUUAUUAUAACGUCACAAUCACAUUAUGUUUAACUUUGCCUUUAUAACGUCACGAGAAUGACGUCAUAAUGUAACUUGUUUAUUAUUUCUAAUCUACUGAUGAGCCCGCAUGGGCGAAAGCGCCAUAGAUUAAGGUUUGAGUUUUUCAUUUAAAUUUGGAUUUUAUUUUAUCCCUAUA